UUUCCGUAAAUUCUGAACAUGAUUUCAGUAACCCAUCGGAGUCCUGCCAGGUCCAGACACAAUCAUGGUGAAACCAAGCAGUCAAGCAUUCUUGCAUUGUGAGGUAUAUGGAAAUCCCAAACCAAGUGUCUCGUGGACAAAGAAUGGUUCCCCUCUGCGAUCGAGCAGUCGCUAUGAGACAUUCAGCAACGGCACACUUCUGAUACGCAGUGCCACUCCUGGGGACGCGGAUAGUUACACAUGCCGCGCAGACAAUGGGGUAUCUACCCCAGUGGACAGAACCAUUAAACUCUCACUAAGAGAAAUGCUUGUGGCCAGAAUUGAGAAUCAGAAUGGAAGGGUGAUUGAGGGAGGUCGAAUCCUACUUAACUGCGAGGGCAAAGGUUAUCCUGAGCCUGCUAUCACCUGGGAGAAGGCUGGACGAGCGCUUGUUUCUGGUGGCAAUGUGUUCAUCAGCAGUAACGGGGGUUUGACAAUACGAGAUGCAACUUCUAGUGAUACAGGAACAUACACCUGCAUCGUUUCUAAUACAGAUGAGAAGAUUGAGACAUCAACAUCAGUACAAGUUGUACCAAAAGUUAUGCCCGAUGACAAAUGUGAAGACAAGACCAGUCUGAUGAAGUGUCGUCUGAUCGUAUCAGCUCGUCUCUGCGGCUACACCAUGUACUCCAAAAUCUGCUGCAACAGCUGUCAAAGAUUCUUCAAUGGGGAAUAGUGACAACAUGUAUUCUUAUGAAACCAAAAACAAAUGAAAUAUUUUGUAUUCAUAAUUAUAUGAAGUUACAUUUUUUAAACUUGUAUUACAUAACUUUUGAAUUUCUUGUAAAUGACAAUAUGAAAUCAGUUCCAGUGUGUUAUCUAUGGGUUGCAUCCAAGCAUGUCUUUCUGUUUGAAAUGAGAUGCAAGUUUGGAUGUUUGAACUAUGCACUAUCAGUUACCGAAAACUGGUUGUGCUUAAAAAAUAAGAACUUUGUGCUUAAUACUCGACCCAUGUGCUGAAAUGUAUGCUAAGUUUCAUACAUUAUGUAAUCACCUUUAAUUAAUUAUUGUAUUUAAAAACAAAAAAAGAAACGCUUGUGAUGACCAUUUUUAACAAGCCUGUUGCAUAAACUUUAUUAACAAAGACAAUUAUAUGAUUUGACAGAAUUGGUUGAUAAAGCUGAUGGUGUAAAUUGGAAGUAUUGUGGAUUGCACUGUUUUAUUGAAAGAUUCUUUUAUACUUCAAGGUCAGUAUGCUUUUGUUAUAUCUAGCCACUGUUGGAACACUCCACACCUCAUUUUGAGAUUUUGCUGCGCUUGUUUGUAUAUUACACAAUGUACGUCGGAAUCAUUAAUGAUUGUUCACAUACAAUUUGAAUAAAAGGUUACCUUUUAAAUAUUUGUAUUGGUAUAAACACUAUUGUUUCAUAUGUUAUCACUAUCUAUAUGUGGUACUAAGAAAUGCUGUAUUUUUUAUAACACUGAAAUCAAAUUACAAGGUAACGUUGUGCUUAUGUUUGAUUGCUUAUUAUCAUUUAUGUCAGUCGGUCUAUUUAUUCAAUUAUUAAGAAUGUAAAACAUAUAUUGAAACAACAAUUCAGUAGUAUAUUCCAUUAUGUUAAGUAAGAAGACCACUGACAUAGGGUUAAUCUAUAUGUUUUAAUGUAUUUAGAGUGUAUACUUAAAUUGCCUGGUGCUAAAAGGAGUAAUAUCCGAAUUUACUAAUAUUCUUCAAAACAAUGAAAUGUAUUUCUUAAAGUUUUGAUGACAUUGAUGAAACUAUAGGACUCCCAAAAGAAUCAAACGUUUGUUGUUAUAAUUAUGUUCUGCAUUUUGUUAAGAUUAUGUUUAUGAGGGGAAAAAAAGAAAAACUUAAGUUAAUUGUCAAUGUGAUUUGUUUUAAUAUGUUCAAGUGAUGAAAACAAGUUAUGCUUUUGUGUUUCCAUGAGUACUAAUUUGUUUCUAUGCAUUUAUUUGGUACUUAUUGUAUAUGUAUGUAUAUAUAUACAUGUAGUGUAUAUGUUUAGCAAAUAGAUAUUGUAAUAUACAAAUUUGUACCUCCCAUUACCCAUUCAGGUGCGUAAAAAUAAUUACAGUUUUUUGUUUGCUUUUAAUGAAAUUGAAAAAUACUUCUUUAAGCUAGUAUCACUCAAAUUCUAGUUCUUGUUAUAAAUUGUCUGUUCUAUGAUGUGACAUAUAAACAGAAGUUAACUUUUAGUUUACAACCUUAAACUUGUGAAAGGCUCAUGUUUUCGCAUUAUCGGGCUUAACAUUCCAGAUUCCAAUGUUUAAACCUCAAUUUUGGCGUUCAUUUGCUGGAAUCUAUCCACUAAUAAACACUAGAAAUAUUUAGUUAUUCCAUUUAAGCUUUAAUGUAUAUAGAAGUUGAUUGAAGUAAAGUAAAUCCCUGGUAAACUUGUUAUUUCAUUUUCUUGAACACAGUUUGUUUUAAUUGUGUAAAAUACUGGAUGUGUUUAUCUAUUUAUAUGUCACAGUAAUGUUGUCUUCAUAUUUUGUUCAUGAAAUCCACAACACUUUAGUCUUCAGUAAUUACUUAUACCUGGACACAAAAAUAUGACAAAUAUCAACACAAUUCUUAUAUGCAAAAGUCUUGAUUUCUUCAAUGAGCAGAAGAGAUUUUACGUUUAGUUCUAAUCAAUAUAAAGGCUUCAUUUCCAACACUAAGGUACUGAUGAGCAGCAAACAGCAUAAAACCUGAAUAGCCUGCGAGUUACUCCCAAGCUGUUCUGGUUUUAUGCUGGUUGCAAAAGCCAAUUAAAUAUCUGUAUACAUUUUUGCUUUUGUUUCUUGUUGUAGUCAAUAAAGGCACUUUAUAUCUCGCUUCUUCUGCAUUAUUGCCGACGGCCAAUCCCUACAAUAUUUUAUGAUUGUAAGUGACUUAAUAAAAUUCUAACAUGUC